AUGCGGCCGCCUCAACACGAUGUCGCCGUCCCGUCGUCGACCACCACCGCCCCGAGCUCCGGCCCCUCCGACGCCGCACCAGACCCCGAAGCUAGAUGGGAGGAGGCCACCACCACAGGCUACGCCUCUGCCACACUGGAGUACGAGUUGGAAGGUUUCGAGUUCUUCAUGAUCAUACUUGAUAAUUCCUCCAAGAGGCACAGACUGCCUGACACUUUUAUGGAAAUGUUGGACGGCCAUCGGCCAAAGAAUGUGAAGCUGCGACAGGCCGGCAGCGGGCUUCACAGGCUUUGGGAUGUGGAGGUGGUGAUCAGGAACGAUCACAUGUACCUGUGUCGUGGCUGGGAGCAGUUCAUCCGUGCCUACGACCUGAGGCACGGGUACUUCCUUGUCUUUAGGUACGACGGCGACGCCAUGCUCACCGUGAAGGUGUUCAACACGACUAUGUGCCGCAUGCGCUACCAGGACGACGACGAUGCCAGCUACAGCGGCAGCGACUCUGGCUAUAGAAAAAGCAGCAGCUAG